CCUCCGGACCCCGGAGAGAGCCAAGAUUAAGCUGCUGUCAAAGAUCAAGGCCCUCUGCGCACUGGAUUGUAGGUGGCCCCAAGUCCUAGGUGAGGCCUACAGGGCAGCUCCUCCUCUCGUGACCCGAAGGGGUUCUAGUCACCAUGGAGGACCCACAGCCAGAGGAGACGGUGGAGGAACAGGUUUCAGCCAAGGAAAGGAGUCCCCGCAGUCCCGGCGGCCGCGGCCUCUGCCACCUGGGGGCCCUACAGUGCACCCACUGCCUCAUCACCUUUGCCGAUUCCAAGUUCCAGGAGCGCCACAUGAAGCGGGAGCACCCAGCGGACUUCGUGGCCCAGAAGCUGCAGGGAACCCUCUUCAUUUGCUUCACCUGCUUGCGCUCCUUCCCCUCAUCUAAGGCGCUGAUAGCCCACCAGCGUGGCCACAAGCCAGGCACCAGGCCCACCUACCCCUGUCCUGACUGUGGCAAGGUCUUCCGGCAGGCAGCCUCUCUGAGUCGGCACCGCCAAGUACAUGAGACCCGUGCCCCUGCAGGGCCCUUUGCCUGCACUGAGUGUGGGCAAGACUUUGCCCAGGAAGCUGGGCUGCAUCAGCACUACAUUCGGCAUGCCCGGGGGGAGCUUUGAGUGCGGGGGCGUGGGGGGGGCCUGACCUGUGGGGAUGUGGAAUGGAGGCCUAGGAGGGAUUUCACUUUGUACAGGGCUCCAGAGAAAUGAUAGGCCCUGAGGACCAGCGAUGUGCUUACAGAGCUUCUGGUUUUUGUUUUGUUUGAGCGCACAGAGGCCUGUGGAGAAAUAGUGAAAUCAGAUGGUAAGAUCUUUGACUUGAAAAUAUUACUUGUAAUUGACUUUUUCCCCCAUUAAA